AAUGUUUUCAUCAGCUGAUUUGACGUUUUCAUUUCUGAUUCAUUGAAAAACAUUAAGAAAAAAUGGAAAGAUAAAUAUUUUUCAGUUGUAAAGAUGUUUCAGAAAAAUAUCACUAAAUCGUUUUAAUAUUAAAAUUAAAAAAAAACUAUGGCCAGUUUAUCUAUUGAUAACAAUGUAUAUAAUUUUAAGGUAGUUCUCCUUGGUGAAGGAUGUGUGGGAAAAACAUCAGUUGCCCUUAGAUAUGUUGAAGAUAAAUUUAAUGAUAAACAUAUUAGUACUGAACCAACAAUACAGGCUUCAUAUCUUAGAAAAAAAUUGAAUAUUAAUGGAAAAAGGAUAAAUCUCGCUAUUUGGGAUACAGCCGGACAGGAAAAAUUCCAUUCGUUAGGACCAAUUUAUUAUCGAAUGUCUAAUGGAGCAAUAUUAGUUUAUGAUAUAACCGAUAAAGCAUCAUUCCAAAAAGUUAAAGACUGGGUUAAAGAAUUAAAAAAAAUUGUUGGAAGUGAUAUUUGUUUGGUAAUAGCUGGAAAUAAAGUUGACCUUGAAAAGGAAAGAAAUGUUUCCUCAGAUGAAGCGGAAGAAUACGCAAAACAAGUUGGUGCUGCGCAUUUUAAUACUUCAGCUAAAUUAAAUCAAAAUAUAGAAGAGGUAUUUUUUGAUUUAACACGAUGUAUGAUGGUACAUGCCGAUGAAGUGCAAAAUAAUUUAACAAAAACUAAUAAUUCUCGACGUAAUGUUGUUGUCGUCGAAGACGAAACGGAAGAAUCGCAAUCAACCAAAAGUUCAUGUUGUUCAUCACAAAGAUCCUAAUUUAUAAAGGUAUACAGCAAUAAAAAAUAAAAAAAACACAAAUUUGAAGACUUGCGAACAUGUUCUACAAUCAGUGCAUUUGGCUUUGGUUAACUUAAAUGGAAUGUUAAAAUAUAUUAAUAAAUGCAAAUAAUAAGUUAGAUGGAUAGUUGACAAUUGACGAAAAAUACAUUUUUACUGUAAAAAAAAAUAUUUUAAUUAAAAGAGGAGUGUUUUCUGUGA